GUUAUUAUUAACAUAAAAACUCUGUUGAAAGUUAAGUUGUAGUAGUCGUAUUCACAACCAAUAUGAAAACUCGUAGUUCUACGAAGAUCUCUGCAAAAUGGGUUCCAAUUUUUUCUGUAUUUUCCUUCCUUAUUGGGAUGCUCAUAACUUCCAGGAUGUGGGAACCCCCUGAAUCUAACGGGGCGUUUCUGUCGAAACAUCGACAUAAUCAAGAACUUGAAGUGGUGUCAGGGGAUUGUGCUACUAAAAAGCCUGUGCAGGAUAAGGAUGUAAUCAGUGAAGUAUACAAAACCCAUGAGGCCAUUCAGGGUGUCAGAUCUCUAGACAAGCAAGUUUCCAUGCUUCAGAUGGAGCUGGCAGCAGCAAGGAGUACUCGAGAACCUGAGAUCUCGGAUGGUUUGGCUAACACCUUGGCUUCGGAGGUCUCCACUGAAGGCCCUCCCAAGAAGAAGGUGUUUGUAGUGAUUGGCAUAAACACUGCUUUCAGUAGCAGGAAGCGGCGAGAUUCAGUUAGAGAGACUUGGAUGCCUCAAGGAGAACAGCUUAUUCAAUUGGAACGUGAGAAGGGAAUUGUCAUUAGAUUCAUGAUUGGUCACAGUGCAACUUCUAACAGCAUUCUAGAUCGAGCUAUUGAUUCAGAAGAAGCCCAGCACAAAGACUUCCUUCGCCUGGAACAUGUUGAAGGGUAUCAUGAAUUGUCUGCAAAGACAAAAAUUUUCUUCUCUACAGCAGUUGCAAAAUGGGAUGCUGAUUUCUACGUAAAAGUGGAUGAUGAUGUGCAUGUCAAUUUAGGCGUACUUGCAACAACCCUUGCUCGUCACCGUUCAAAACCCAGGGUCUACAUUGGAUGUAUGAAAUCUGGACCUGUUCUUUCUCGAAAGGAUGUUAAGUAUCAUGAACCUGAGUUUUGGAAAUUUGGAGAAGAAGGGAACAAAUACUUCCGACAUGCAACUGGGCAGAUCUAUGCAAUCUCUAAGGAUCUAGCCACCUACAUUUCCAUUAACCAGCCAAUAUUGCACAAAUAUGCCAAUGAAGAUGUGUCACUUGGUGCAUGGUUCAUAGGUCUAGAAGUUGAGCACAUAGAUGACCGCAGUAUGUGCUGUGGAACUCCUCCAGACUGUGAGUGGAAGGCACAAGCAGGUAACAUAUGUGUUGCAUCCUUUGACUGGAGCUGCAGUGGAAUCUGCAAGUCAGUGGAGAAGAUCAAAUUUGUGCAUUCAAAGUGUGGUGAAGGAGAUGGAGCUGUUUGGAGUGCUUUAUUUUAGGUUAGGUUGGUUCAAUGGAAAACCAACUGAUUCACGUGUUGGCAUGCAUACCUCCCGGUCUUGUUUUUGAGUGUGGGAGGAUAUGAUGAUAACUAUACUAGGUAUUUUGUAGCAUUGGCCUCUUUCUUACAUAAUGUAUAUUUUUAUAUUUUUGUUCCUUUAAUCCUUUUGUGCAAGGUCAAUUUUCAAUGUAGGAUACUGAAGAGCAAUGAAUUGAUAGUAAUGAUGAUUCCUUUGGUGAUAA